GGGCUGCUGAGCGUUGGUUUGGCUAAACUCUUGUAUUCCAGAAUCAAAAUAUAAAUCUCGUGUCAAUAUGGGGGAAAACUUUGUGUGUGUCAGCGAAGACGAAACGGAUGAAGUGCAUGGUGCCAAGCCUAGAAAGGAACGUGAACGCCUUAAAACACUCGUGGAAGAAGCGAUUCCCGCUAGUGAACAAAUGGCAACACCGGAAUUUCAAGUGAUAGUGACAAAACCAGCACCAGAUAUAGGCAGUUCACGUUCACCAAAAAUGCUCACACCCAACACCAGCUUCGUGUACAAAUCAGAAAGUCGACGUCACACCGGGAACAGUAUCUACAGUGAGGAUGUACACGACACUGGCUCCCGACGGCCUUCACUGUUCAAUGGUCAACCGAGACAGUCGUUUAGUGUGUUUAAGAAACAGAUGAUAGAUUUCCUGCACCGUCACGGCAGCCGGCUGUCGUUAAAUAAAAAGGAAGAUCACCCAGAGUCACCGAUUAUCAAUCAGUCACGCAGCAAAAACCGAGCGAUUGCCGAGGACCAGAUCAGCACUGCCAUCUCUGCCUUGUACGCCAAAUUGCUCAUCGUACUCGGUAUUGCAUUCCCCAUCACGGACGUUGUAACGGACCGUGCAGCACAAGAAUUCUACCAGGGUUUCUAUCUCUAUCUGUACUUUGUCAGUGUGGUCUUCAUAGGGUUUUUGUACAUCGUCCGAAUGCGGGCGAAAACUCAGCUGAAAGUCAUUCUGGAACAGUACCAACAUCCCAACACAGUUCCGGAUCUGCUAAAGCCCAGCCAAACUCGGUUCGGAUCGUUCUAUCUGCGUGCCGGGGCAAUUGCCUUUGGGAUCGGCAGUAUGGUGCACUCCGGGCUGGAGUUCGGUCAGUACUUUGAACUGAAACGCGAUGAAAGAUGUCAAAAUGUUCUAAUUGCAUUAAUUCCGGCCGCCCGGAUAUGCCUGUGUCUGGUCCAGAUGCAGUUUAUUUUCUUCACCAGCGGUCUGUUCCACAUGGAGCGCCACAAGUUCGUAUCCCGCUUCGGCCUGAUGCACAUGCUGGCCACAAACGUCUGCGAGUGGUUGUACGUGAUUAUCGAAGAAGCCAAGCACGAGAUUGUGCACAUUGCCCACGGGGGAAUGCAUGGCGGUGUGGCGCUGGCCAGUACAGCAGCAUUUACAGGUAACGACGUUAUCAACAAUCGCAGCGGUGUAGCCAUCGAGGUGAAUGAGAGCCAGCUUUCACAACACUAUUCGACCGAUCGAGACAUUUCGUCCAGUGCCGUCAUAUACGGCUUUGAAUGUCGCCGGACCAACAUAAUGGGGUCAUUGGUUCAGAAUGCGGCCCCGUUCCUGUUCCCCUGUACGAUUGAGUAUUCACUAAUCUGUGCUGUCAUUCUGUUCGAAAUGUGGAAGAAAGUGCGACAGAGCGGUCGGGGGGCAAACGGAUCACGGAGAAACUCCCGGAAAAGUCUAACCGGAAAAAGUGGCCACCUGUUAUCCGUCGACUGUUCAAAUGCCCAGCGGGGGAUGUUCGGUGGGAUUCUGAUCAUUGUACUAACCAUCAUAGUACUGAUUAUGUACUUUGUACUGCAGAAAGAAAGAUACUAUAAAAAAGUGGCCACUAUCGAGGUUACAAUCAGCGAAAUCAUCAUCUACAGCAUAACGGCAGUUGCCGUGGUUUGGGCUAUGGUCCGAAUGAGGGAUCUAAAAUUCUCCCAGAAAAAAGGUGACGCUGGUAUCAGCUUGGACUGCACGCUGUUAAUUCUCGCACAGGUCGGUAUCUACAUCUACACCAUGUUCAGCAUCAUCGGGACAUUUUUCUCCAUCGGCGUCUCCGAGUAUGCCACCGUUUAUUCCCUGCUGGCAGAGUUCAUUUCGUUUACGCAAACCUCGCUGCAGACUCUGUUUAUCAUGAACACGUGGUGGCGUCGCUGCAAAGGUGCCAAACAGAACCGUUCCAAGCCGGGUCGAGAAAUUAUCACAUUUUUACUAAUUGCCAACAUGUCGAUUUGGUUCAUCAAUACGCUGAUCAAAACUAACGGCAGUUUUCGUCCGACUUUGAUGAACUUCUACGGUGUCUGGGCAUGGACGAUUAUUACGCAUCUCUCGAUGCCGCUGGCCAUCUUCUACAGGUUCCAUUCGACCAUUUGCCUUUUCGAGAUAUGGAAGAACACCUACAAAGUGCGAUAUGAGCGCAGUAAUUAAUUGAAUGAAACUAACAUAGUAGGCAGUAAUUUAUAACGAAAACAUGUGAUUUAUAGGUUAAGAUUAUUUUCGUUUCGAUUAUAAUGGUUUAUAGUAAUACGCAUCUAGAGUCAGACAGUUUAAACUUUUCUGAAACAGUUGAAGGUAGAUUAUGUGCAAGGUAAUUAAUCAUUAACCAUUACGCCUUGUCCGCUUUCCAGGGUAAAAUUUUGUAUGUAGAGGGGGGUAAGAUUUUGUAUGUAGAUGUACAUUUC